AUGACCAACACUCAGUUCGGCGAAGAAUGCGACAUUGUCGCCGUCCUUACCCCUAAGCCGGGCAAGUUGGACCGAGUGGCUGAGCUCCUUACCAAGCUCACCGCAUGUGUCAAGAAGAAUGAACCCGGGGUUUUGAGCUUCCACUUGUACAAGGACUUUGACCGGGAGACCGGUCAAGAGGAGCUGGUUUUGGUCGAGAAAUACGUCAACAAAGAGGCGUAUGAUCUCCACGCUGAACUACCCGACUUCCAAGCCAUGCAUGCUACCUUUCGCGCUGAGGAGCUCAUGGCCAAACCCAUCUUGAUUAAGAGUGUGAAACCAUUGAAAAAGCUCCGGACACUAGCUACCCUCAAUCCUCGUUCUGCAUUUCUACAUCAUAUUCCAAUUUCAAUACCGAAUAGUGGACUUUCUGUGAAAAGCAGAGUCACAACCAUGAACAUCCGCACAGUCGUUGAAGCAUUCUGCGCCGACUUCGCUAAUGGAACCCACCCUACCACCAUCCUCGACACGCGCUUCACUAGCAAUCCUGAAAUCUACGAGUACGGUCCCGACUGGGCGCGAUCCCGACUUCCCUACCUGGGACGGUCAUGGACUGGAAGACGAUCUUCAUCUACACCGUCGUCCGAGGAAGACACCACCUGUGACGCCUACUUCGACGUUCUUGGACAGACGCUCUUCUUCGAGCCAGACAACCGAGAGCCUACGUCGCCGCCCGAUCAGUUCUUGGUCUCAGCAUCAAAUGGAAAUGACGACGCUGUCAUGGUCAAACUGACUUCCACGGUGGGAAGCGUCGCAACUGGGAAGAAGUGGGUGGAGACAUUUGUAUUCUUGUUUGGGAGGUUCGAUGCGCAGGGUAAAAUCGGCAAGUUGGAGAUCUGGUCGGAUUCGUUGAGCGCUUGGGUCAAUUCUGAGUAA